GAACAAAAAGAUUUACCGAAAAAGGUCAUCGCAGAUCUUCUAUGAUUGGCUGUGACAUAUUACUUUGCGUAGGAAUCGCCCGCAAUGCACGGCAUGCGGAGAUCUUCUCCUCUCAUCAUGCCGUGGAUUAAGACAUCAAGCUGCGGUCGUGAUGCACUAGAUCAUUCUGAUGUUACGGUGUCCAAUACGUCUCUAGCACCCAAUUUACCAUGGAUUUACUUCGCAAUAGACGCAAACAAGCAGCGUCAACGGAGCCCUCGACCAAGCCCUCUCUUGACGUAACGUCUAUCUCUUCCCUCUCUGGUUCCGCGAGCCCUCCAGAGCCAUGGGAGGAAGUAGACAUAUCAUCUAGCGACUAUGCCCGCAGGCGCAGGGAGCUUAUGGAGAUGAUGGUUGACCUCCGAUCCAUGGGUGCCGACGCGUUGAUCGCCUUACCAUCCGUGGUCGUAAUUGGUGGCCAAUCCGCGGGCAAAAGUUCACUCGUCGAGGCCGUCAGUGGGAUCAACGUCCCAAGAGAUAGCGGAACGUGUACAAGAUGUCCUAUGGAAUGUAACAUGUCUAGUUAUGCCACAUCGUGGUCCUGCACUAUCACCCUACGUUUCGGUUUCGAUAGCAACGGCCUAGACCUCCAAAAGCCUACUAAUGUACCAUUCGGCCGGACGAUCACCGACAGAAGUGAAUUCGAAGUUUGGCUCCGUCGUGCUCAAGCAGCCAUUUUGAACCCAAACGUUCCCUGUUCAACUUUCCACAAAAAGACCAUCGAGGAACUCAGGAACAUAAAAAAUACAUUGAAGUUCUCCCGCAACGUGGUGUGCGUCUCGAUUGAAGACCCCGAUGCGACUGACCUGUCAUUCUAUGAUCUACCUGGUUUAAUACAAAACGAAGAAGCCGAAAUCGUCGCCUUGGUGAAAUGUUUGGCAGAACAUUACAUCGAGAAGAAAAACACUAUCAUAUUGACUACGAUUCCCAUGAGUGAUGAUAUGGAAAAUCAACAAUCCAUGAGUCUCGCCAGGGCCGCAGACCCCAAUGGAAAGCGAACAAUCGGCGUACUUACGAAGCCUGACACGCUCGGUACUGGAGCUAUCAGCCAGCGCCGCAAAUGGGUAGAAAUCAUUGAAGGUCGUUCGGAGGAGCACACACUGAGACAUGGUUUUUACUGCGUGCGUCUUCCCGAUGAUGCCGAACGUGCACAACGCCUGUCUCGCGCUGAAUCGCAAAGGCGUGCUGCUGAAUAUUUCGACACAACGUCACCCUGGAAGGACGUGACCGACCGUCGCCGGUUCGGAAUUCCGGGCUUCGUCUCCGAUAUAAGCCGAUUGCUCAUUCGAUUGAUCGAGGAAGCUUUACCGCGUCUCAGAGAAGAUGUCGAUGCGCUCCUCGCCAAAUGUACCAAGGACUUCGAUGAACUGCCCCCACCACUUGAAAAUGACCCACAAAUUGAGGUUUUAGGACGAGUUAAUGCGUUCUGCGAUACCUUCAAAAGCUUUGUGAACGGCAGUCACGAAGACAAACGUCUUGCGCAGCGGAAUCGUGCUCUCUAUGCCAUUUUCAAGAGGGAUAUACGCGGCACUGCUCCUGACUUUAGGCCUUUCAAUGUACCGGAAGAUUAUGUUCCACUGGAUGAUACUAAAGGGAAUAUGACUCUUAUUGAGCGAGACUCAGGCGUGAAAGUGAUGGGCAUAUAUGAUAUCCGCAGGGUCAUCCAAGAGGCAAUUGGAUGGGAGCUUCCGAACAAUGUGCCAUAUCAGGCGAAGGCAAACCUCAUUGCCCAAUUCACCAAACUUUGGGUUGCUCCGUCUGAGCGCUGUCUUGCUGGUGUCAAUAAUGUACUUGAUCAAGUCAUCGACACACUCAUAAGCACCCAUUUUGGACGCUUCAAAGUUCUCGAGGAAUAUUUUGGCAAUUUGAUUCGAAUUCAGGUUGACAUCUGCAGGACGCGUGCCCAAGACGCUGUCAAAACAGCCUUGGAAUUGGAAACUGCUACUCCACACUAUACUCAGAAUACGCACUAUCUUCAUACGCUCCGCGAAAGAUGGUUGGCUCAUUAUAAGACAGUUCGGAGUAGACCUUCUAUGUACAUGGCUCCCGUCUUUUCACCCAUGCCAUCACGACGUGGGUCGCCUGAGCUCUCCGAAGUUCACUCAGUCCUUGAGGUUGAACGUGACGAAGCGAGGUAUGACUACCCAACCCCUAUACCGGGAUGGGGUGUAUCCACAGGUCCUGGUGGGACUUAUCCGGAGACGCCCGGGGCCAAAGCUUUAAGGGCUCUUGCAGAAGCAGGUUAUGCAGGCCUCCGAAUUUCAGAUCUUGCACGAUUGUUACCUCCCGACUCAUUUGAGGAAGAGCUGGUUGUGAUGGCUGACGUUCGAGCUUAUUAUCACGUUGCCUACAAGCGCAUCAUUGACCAUAUUCCUCUCACGAUCGAGCAUGCUCUCCAUCAUGCCCUAGCAAAACAACUUUCGCAGAGCCUUCUCACGAGCUUACUGACUGAUGUUGCAUCUGGGCCCAACUUCUCUGAGCGUAUGAAGGAGUUGGUUAGCGAAGAUCCUUCCAUCGCUCAGAAGCGCCUCAUGCUCUCAACAAGAAAAGAACGCCUAUUGAACAUUCGCCGGAGACUCAUGACCUUUAGCAAUAGUAUUUGAUCACUGAGGCGUCACGGCAUAUGUUCGUUUGCUGGGUACAAUACAGAUAUUCUCCUGUCUGCGAUUGGUUGUGUUGCUGCUGCUAUAUUGUACUGUUAUGUUGUUACAUUUCAUACUCUCGUUUAAGAUAACAAGGAAC